UUUUUUUUUGAUUCUUUCCAUUCACUCCUUUCUUCCCCUAUUGAGAGGGCCAUAAUGAUAGAUCUUUUCAUCACUUGAAAUUAUAUAUAAAAUAAACUCUAAAAAGACACCCACAACGAUAUACCCAUGACUAGUAUACCGUCAACCAUUAACGUGUCAACACCUUCUCCUACAACAACCAGUAUUACUAGUUUUUUCAAAUCAAAAUGGCGUUCUAGUACAAGAGACUUGAAACCAUGGAAACCAAUUCCAAAUACAAGGGAUCAUAUUGAACGAUCUUGGGUACAACAUAAUGCUUUACAAAUAGCUUUCGAAGGUGAUUAUAUGGCUCCUAUGAAACAAGCUUUAUUAUCUGGUGGUUGUGAAGUGUUAGACAUUGGUUGUGGUGCUGGAUUCUGGUCUAUGGAUAUGGCGACUAAAUAUCCUCUCUCAUAUUUUAUUGGUAUUGAUGUAGAUAAAAAUGUAUUCCCAAACAUUACGAUGCAAAAGAAUUUGAUAUUUCAACGUGUAGAUAUCAUGACGACACCUUUACCUUAUGACAACAAUACCUUUGAUUAUAUCUUUAUACGAUCCAUGCUCGAUACUUUACCAGAUGAUGAUUGGGAUAGAGUUUUACAAGAUAUAGUUCGGAUUAUGAAAAAAGGUGCUUAUUUAGAAUGCAUAGAACCUUAUACAAACUUAUUUGAUACUGGUCCUGCUAUGUCUACGAUUACGAAACUGGUCAAUACAUCCUCUAGUUUACGACUUUUAUCUACUCAAUCAUCAUCAAAUAUACCAGCUAACAUGAAUCCAUGGCCAAAUCGAUUAGCUUUUCUGGAUACGUUGAAAAACAUGCAAAUUCAUCAUACUCAUACUCCUAUUGGAAAACAUGGUGGAGCUCUUGGAUCUUUAAUGGUACAAUAUUGGGAACGCAUCAUCAAAGCUUCAAGACAAGAUUGGAUACAAUCAAAAACCAUUUCCGAAAAAGAAUUGGAAUCUGUGCAUCAUGAACUAUUAGAAGAAGUAGAAACACAACAAACUUAUAUGGCUUGGUACUCUGUUGUCGCUCAAAAGAAAGGUUACAAAGGACCAGCUAUUGUUAUCGAAGAUUACGACGAUCAAACCUCCAUCAUGCAAUGACUCUCUCUCUCUACAUUAGAUCAUUUAUUAUAUACAUUAUAUUUCUUCCCUCUCAUACUACUACUAUAUAUAGAUUUAAAGAAUAAAAAAAAAAAAAAGA